UAUAUAUUUUUUUUUUUUCUUCUAAAGAGAAAAUUCCUGUUCCAAGAGAAAAUAAGGCAACAUCAAUGAAGGAGAGAAGAGCCAGCCAGAAAUUAUCCAGUAAAUCUAUCAUGGAUCCUAAUCAGAACGUGAAAUGCAAGAUAGUAGUGGUGGGCGACAGCCAGUGUGGGAAAACCGCGCUGCUCCACGUCUUCGCGAAGGACUGCUUCCCCGAAAAUUACGUCCCCACGGUUUUCGAGAAUUACACUGCCAGUUUUGAAAUCGACACACAAAGAAUAGAGUUGAGCCUGUGGGACACUUCAGGUUCUCCUUACUAUGACAACAUCCGUCCCCUCUCUUACCCAGAUUCUGACGCUGUGCUCAUUUGCUUUGACAUCAGUAGGCCAGAGACUCUGGACAGUGUCUUAAAAAAGUGGAAAGGUGAGAUCCAGGAAUUUUGUCCCAAUACCAAGAUGCUGUUGGUUGGCUGCAAGUCUGAUCUCCGGACAGAUGUCAGCACAUUAGUGGAGCUCUCAAACCAUAGGCAGACUCCGGUGUCAUAUGAUCAGGGGGCAAACAUGGCCAAGCAGAUCGGAGCAGCCACUUACAUCGAAUGCUCAGCUUUACAGUCAGAAAACAGCGUCAGAGACAUUUUUCACGUCGCCAGAGUUUUGAAGUGUGUUUUGAAGUGUUUUGAAGAGUUUUGA